CUCAGUAAGCUGAAGGACGCCAUCAGAGAUCAGCCAGCAUGGCUCUUGUCGGUAUAGACUUUCGAGCUCCUCUGCGGCAAGUGAAAAGAGUGCAGUUUGGUAUUCUUGGGCCAGAUGAAAUCAAACGCAUGUCCGUUGGUGAAAUCGAAUUCCCCGAAAUAUACGAAAAUGGUAAACCCAAAAAAGGUGGUUUGAUGGAUCCACGGCAAGGUGUCAUAGAUAGGAGAGGAAGAUGCAUGACCUGUGCUGGAAAUCUUGCAGAUUGUCCAGGGCAUUUCGCCCAUUUAGAGCUUGCUAGACCUGUAUUUCACAUAGGCUUUCUUACAAAAACAUUGAAGGUUCUUCGUUGUGUUUGCUUUUACUGCAGUAAACUGCUUUUGGAUAAAGAUAAUCAGCGUGUCAAAGACAUACUCAGAAAAACACAAGGCAAUCCCCGACGAAGGCUUGCCUUAAUAUACGAUAUUUGUAAAUCAAAAGUUGUUUGUGAUGGUGGAAAUGAAAUUGAAAAUCAGAACCCAGAGGAGGGAGGAGAGGAUGGUGAAAAAAUCAUAAAAGCAAGCGGCUGCGGCCGAUAUCAACCUUCAUAUCGUCGUACCGGUAUAGAUAUCAAUGCAGAAUGGAAGAAGAAUGUGAAUGAAGAUACGCAGGAGAGGAAAAUUGUGCUCACUGCUGAGAGAGCUCUAGAGAUAUUCAAACAGAUAUCCGAUGAAGACUGUCUCAUUCUUGGUAUGGAUCCGCGGUUUGCUCGCCCUGAUUGGAUGAUCUGUACAGUCUUACCUGUUCCUCCCCUUGCCGUUCGUCCUGCUGUCGUUACUUUCGGAUCUGCGCGUAAUCAAGAUGAUUUAACGCAUAAGCUUUCCGAUAUUAUCAAAACGAACAUACAACUGCGAAAUAACGAAGCUAAUGGAGCAGCCGCUCACGUCUUGGCUGAUGAUGUAAAGCUACUGCAAUAUCAUGUGGCAACAUUGGUGGACAAUUGCAUACCAGGACUUCCAACGGCGACACAAAAAGGUGGAAGACCUCUAAAGUCUAUAAAGCAGCGUUUGAAAGGGAAAGAGGGUAGGAUUCGAGGAAAUCUUAUGGGUAAGCGUGUUGACUUUUCGGCGCGUACUGUCAUCACAGCCGAUCCUAACUUACCCAUUGAUACUGUCGGCGUUCCUCGCACCAUCGCACAGAACCUGACUUUCCCAGAAAUUGUCACACCUUUCAACAUUGACAAGCUCCAAGAACUUGUAAAUCGAGGAGAUUCUCAAUACCCUGGAGCAAAAUAUAUCAUUCGUGAAAAUGGGGCUCGUGUUGAUCUUCGAUAUCACCCGCGAGCUGCCGAUCUUCAUCUCCAACCGGGCUACAGAGUUGAACGGCACAUGCGCGACGGUGAUAUAAUUGUUUUCAAUCGACAGCCAACGCUGCACAAAAUGUCCAUGAUGGGACACAGAGUGAAAAUACUUCCAUGGUCUACAUUCCGAAUGAAUCUUUCCGUGACUACUCCGUACAAUGCUGAUUUCGACGGAGAUGAAAUGAAUCUGCAUUUACCACAAUCUUUGGAGACUAGAGCGGAGAUCGAGGAGAUUGCAAUGGUGCCAAGGCAACUUAUCACUCCACAGUCAAAUAAACCUGUGAUGGGCAUCGUGCAAGAUACUUUGUGUGCAGUGCGAAUGAUGACCAAGCGAGAUGUUUAUAUUGACUAUCCACGUAUGAUGGAUCUACUCAUGUAUUUACCAACUUGGGAGGGUAAAGUUCCACAGCCAGCCAUUAUGAAACCGAAACCAUUGUGGACCGGAAAGCAGCUUUUCUCGCUUAUCAUUCCCGGAAACGUUAAUGUGUUGAGAACACAUAGCACCCAUCCAGACGACGAAGACAGCGGUCCUUAUAAAUGGAUAUCUCCCGGUGAUACGAAGGUGUUGGUCGAACAUGGAGAGCUGAUUUCUGGCAUUAUUUGCUCAAAAACAGUUGGGCGUUCAGCUGGUAAUCUUCUUCACGUCGUUGCUCUUGAGCUUGGACAUGAGGUGGCCGCUAAAUUUUAUUCACACAUUCAAACCGUCAUAAAUGCUUGGUUACUGGGAGAGGGCCACACUAUCGGCAUAGGAGAUACCAUCGCCGAUCAAGCCACAUAUCGGGACAUCCAGGAUUCAAUCCGAAAAGCGAAGCUUGAUGUGAUUGACGUCAUUGAAAAGGCUCACAAUGAUGAUCUUGAACCAACGCCUGGUAAUACACUACGUCAGACUUUUGAAAAUAAAGUGAACAGAAUUUUGAAUGACGCUCGUGAUAAAACAGGAAGCUCAGCCCAAAAGUCCCUUUCCGAUUUCAACAACUUCAAGUCCAUGGUAGUGUCUGGUUCGAAAGGAUCGAAAAUUAAUAUUUCACAGGUUAUUGCUUGUGUCGGUCAACAGAACGUUGAAGGAAAACGUAUUCCAUUCGGUUUCCGUCAUCGAACCUUGCCGCAUUUCAUCAAGGAUGACUAUGGACCAGAAUCGAAAGGGUUUGUGGAGAACUCGUAUCUUGCUGGACUGACUCCUGCUGAAUUCUUCUUCCACGCUAUGGGAGGUCGUGAAGGUCUAAUUGAUACCGCCGUAAAAACGGCCGAAACUGGAUACAUCCAGCGUCGUUUGAUCAAAGCUAUGGAGAGCGUCAUGGUCAAUUACGAUGGGACGGUGCGAAACUCUUUAGCACAGAUGAUCCAGCUUAGGUACGGGGAGGACGGUUUAGAUGGAAUGUGGGUAGAAAAUCAAAGCAUGCCCACUAUGAAGCCAACGAAUGCGUUGUUUGAGCGAGAUUUCAAGAAUGACCUCUCAGACGAAAAGACUCUAAGAAAAUAUUAUACGGAGGAUCUGGUUCGCGAGUUGCAGUCCUCUCCUGAGGCUACCAAGGAGCUGGAAGCUGAAUUCUUGCAACUGGAGGAAGAUCGACGUUUGCUUCGAAAAAUAUUCCCAACUGGUGAUGCUAAGAUCGUGUUGCCUUGUAACCUUCAACGACUGAUAUGGAAUGCUCAGAAGAUUUUCCAUGUUGAAACAAGGAAGGCAACAAGCUUAAGUCCUUUGCAUGUCAUAGACGGAGUGCGAAAACUAUCAAAAAAAUUGAUUAUCGUUUCUGGCGAAGAUAAAAUCUCGAAACAGGCUCAGUACAACGCUACUUUGCUCAUGAACAUCCUGAUUCGGUCAACUCUGUGCUCGAAAAAGAUGGCAUCAACUCAUAAACUAAAUAUGGAGGCAUUUGACUGGCUGAUUGGUGAAAUCGAGACUCGAUUCCAACAAGCUAUUGCGCAGCCAGGUGAAAUGGUUGGAGCACUUGCUGCUCAAUCGCUUGGAGAGCCUGCUACUCAAAUGACUUUGAACACUUUCCACUACGCCGGUGUAUCUGCAAAGAACGUAACCCUUGGUGUACCGCGGUUGAAGGAAAUCAUCAAUGUUUCGAAGCAGCUAAAAACUCCGUCUUUGACUGUGUUCCUGCAAGGAGCUGCUGCCAAAGAUGCUGAAAAGGCUAAGGAUGUGUUAUGCCGACUUGAGCACACAACCCUCAAAAAGGUUGUAUCAAAUACGGCCAUCUAUUAUGAUCCCGAUCCAAAGAACACUUGCAUCGAGGAAGAUGAGGAAUGGGUCAGCAUUUUUUACGAAAUGGCUGAUUUUGACCCAAGCAGGGCAUCACCAUGGGUCCUGCGACUGGAGCUCGAUAGGAAAAGGAUGACUGAUAAGAAGUUGAGCAUGGAGCAUAUUGCCGACAAGAUUCAGCAAGGAUUUGGAGAUGACUUGAAUGUCAUCUACACCGAUGACAAUGCAGACAAGCUCGUAUUCAGACUGCGCAUCACGAAUCAGCCCUCCGACAAAAGUGCUGAGGUCGAACAAAUUGAUAAGAUGGAAGAUGAUGUAUUCCUGCGUUGUAUCGAGUCUAAUAUGCUCUCAGAUCUUACUCUGCAAGGUAUUGGAUCGAUUUCCAAAGUUUACAUGCAUAAGCCUACGACGGACGACAAAAAGCGUGUUGUGAUCACACCGGAGGGUGGUUUUAAAGCAAUCUCCGAAUGGCUUCUUGAAACCGACGGAACCGCGCUUUUGAGGGUUUUGUCGGAGCAGCACAUCGAUCCUGUACGGACUACGUCAAACGAUAUAUGCGAAAUCUUUGAGGUGCUGGGAAUCGAAGCUGUACGUAAGGCAAUUGAGCGUGAGAUGAAUAAUGUCAUCUCUUUUGACGGCUCUUAUGUCAACUAUCGGCAUCUUGCUCUCCUUUGUGAUGUGAUGACGGCUAAAGGUCAUCUUAUGGCUAUCACUCGUCACGGAAUUAAUAGACAAGAGGUCGGAGCUCUUAUGCGUUGUUCAUUCGAAGAAACCGUUGAUAUACUCAUGGAAGCGGCUGUGCACGCUGAAGUGGAUCCUGUCAAGGGUGUUUCCGAGAACAUCAUGCUUGGGCAACUUGCAAAAGCGGGAACCGGUGCAUUUGACCUUGUUCUGGAUGCGGAGAAAUGCAAGUACGGCAUCGAGGUCUCCACAAUGAUGGGCAUGUAUGGAGGAGUAGGACAGUUUGGAGCUGCUCAUAGUCCGGCAAGCUCUUCGAUGUCCCCAAUCCAAACUCCUUGGAAUGGAGGAAUGACUCCUGGAUAUGGAGCUGCUUGGUCUCCCAUUGGAAGUGGUAUGACGCCUGGAGCAGCUGGCUUCUCUCCUUCUGGUCAUUCGGAGACGGGUAUGUCCCCGGGCUAUGGCGGUGAAGGUGGAUGGUCGCCGACGUCCCCUGGCGAUCCCCUUGGUGGAAUGUCUCCAUCAGGGGCAACGCCACGCUAUGGUGGUGCUAUGUCACCAGGUUAUUCUCCUACAAGUCCAAGUGCUUUUGGAGCGCAAAGUCCGAGUUAUUCACCGACGAGUCCUCAUUACUCGCCGACAUCGCCAUCAUAUUCUCCGACAUCACCUAGCUAUAGUCCGACUAGUCCAAGUUAUUCACCCACCUCUCCAUCGUACUCUCCUACAUCACCAUCCUACUCUCCAACAUCUCCAAGUUACAGCCCAACUAGUCCCAGUUACUCCCCAACAUCUCCAUCGUAUUCCCCAACUAGUCCGGGCUAUUCACCGAGCAGUCCUAGGUACUCUCCAACAUCUCCCACAUAUAGUCCUACCAGUCCUACAUACUCGCCCACUUCGCCCACUUAUUCACCGACCUCACCCACAUACAGUCCGACGAGUCCCAGCUAUGGUGGCAGCGGAUACAGCCCGUCAAGUCCUCGGUACUCGCCGACAUCACCCACUUACUCCCCUACGAGCCCGACAUACAGUCCAACGUCGCCCCAGUACAGUCCCAGCAGUCCGCAGUAUUCUCCGUCGUCGCCGCAGUAUUCUCCGAGUUCUCCAAGACCAGAUGCGUCGCCCUCUUACUCUCCAUCCUCUCCUCAGUACAGUCCAACAUCGCCAGUAUACACUCCAAGUAGUCCUCAGUAUUCUCCGAGUUCACCUCAGUACACUCCAUCUGGAAACCCUGCUUCACCAGUGUAUUCUCCAUCAUCGCCACAGUACAGUCCCAGUUCUCCUCAGUAUAGCCCUAGUUCGCCAAACUAUACUCCUUCUUCUCCAUAUUCUCCCAACUAUGAUCCUGACAACUACAGUUAAUUUUCACCGUUUUCUGUUUAAUUGUUUUGUACAAACAUAUGCUGUGUUAUGCUCGUUGCGUAGUGUAGAAGUUCUUGACUAGGGAAGCUUUUUCUGUAAAUUUUGAAUGUAAGAAGGUCAUAAAAAUUGUAUAAUUAUUUGUCUAUAUAUAAAAUGCUCGGGUUGGUAGAGUUUUCAGAAAAAAAUUGUUUCAGUCGCAGUUGUCGGUAGAGAACCUUUUAUUGUAUUAUUUGUUUUUUUUUCUUCUUUGUAAUAAAUA